AUGAUAAAUCAUCAAAUUGCAACCUCAUCAAUCAUUAAACAAUUAAUUACGAAAAAUUCCAAGUCAUCUAUUAAUCUCCUCUUCAAGAAUGGUAAAAUAGUUACGGAUUUUGAUGUUUCCACCAAUUCUACAGAUUUUUUGAAACAAUUUCCGAGAGGAGCCUACACGGCAAUGAGAACUUUGCAUCGACACUCGGUUUUUCAAUUAAAGUUUCAUGUCCAUCGUUUGAUUUAUACAACCAUGAAGAUGAUCAAUGAUGAACAUUUGGAAAUUAAUACAAAUUCACCAAAAUCCGAAUCACUAAUUGAAGAAUGUUCCAUAGGAAUGUAUCCAUUAUCUUUGUUGUCAAGUGUAGAGAAAUCGAAUAACAAUGAAAAACAUGAAUUGUUUUUGGAAGAAGUUGUUAAAACUCUUGGACAAAGUAUUGCGGAAUAUUCAAUCAAUGUUGAUGAUGAACAUCCAAAUGAAUGUGAUCAAUUAUCAGUGGAAGAAUUAAAAGUGACUCUCUUACUCGUUUGGUAUCAUCAAAGAAAGAGCUCAUCUGAAAUUUCUACAUCCUUUGAUCUCUAUUCACACAUUACAAAGCUGGGUGAGAGACCUUCCAAACCAGUCUUUGUAGAUAUAGUUCCAGGAAGUAGAUGCCAUCUUGGAAAUGCAAAGGAUAGUAUUUGGAUUACUGAAAGAAACUCAAUGUUAAAUAAGAAAACUCAAUCAUCCAAUGAAGUGUUAAUGUGUGAAGAGAGUGGAAUUGUCAGAGAGGGAACUAGCUCUAAUUUCUUUAUUAUUAACAGGGAUGGAAAGGUUGUCACUGCUAGAGAUGGAAUUUUAUUUGGAAGUGUUCGAGGAUUGUUAAUUCCAACUCAAGAUCAAGCUCAAUCCAUUCUCAAAAAUUCCACAGAAGAAGAAUCAUGUGAAACAGUUCUUAAAAGUAGUGAAUACACAGAAGAUAAUCCAACCAUUAGAGAUUUAUUAAAUUGGAAGGAGGCAUUCAUAACCAGUACCUCUCGUCUCGUUCUUCCAAUCAAGACCAUUAAUAUUGCCAAGGAGUGUAUCGAUAACAUAUUGACAAGAGAAGAGAUUGAACAAGUGAAACCACAUCUCAAAGAGCUCAAUUCUUACUAUUAUUCAUACGAACUUGAAAGUGUAGAUCAAUGUAUUCAUCUUAAUCAAUUACUUGUAAAUAAGAUGCAAUCAAUGAGCAUUCGUGUGGUUAACUAA